AAAGCUCCAAAAACAUACAACACCGAGGAUUCCUCGGUCGUCACCGACCUGAGUACUAAUUCGGCUGUCAGUAGCUUAUCUAGGGGAGAGCGGACGGGAUCCCGAAUUUUCUACUACAUAUGGUCGUAUGUGAUAGCCCGAGUGUGGACUCUUGCCUUUAUUGCAAGAUGGUUGAGAAGCUCUGAUCCCGCAGCCAGGGGCGGCACGAGUACGCCCACACAGAACCGAGACUACCAAGGGCUGGCUCGCGCAUAUCAGCAGAGAAGAUAG